AUGGCUGAAGACAGCCAGCAGUCAAGCAAACGAGCUAAUCAUACGUGGACUGCCGAAGAAGAUAAAGUGCUUGUGGAAUGUCUCAUUGACAUAGGGUCGAUUUACAAAGGAGAGAAUGGUUUUAAACCUGGUUUUUCUGGAGCUAUAAAGAAGCUCAUGCAUCAAAGGAUACUUGGUUGUACCCUCAGAGAGGUGGAGAGGCAGAUAUUCGAUGACUGGGUGAAGAGUCACCCCAAUGGUAAGGGUCUGUUUAAUAAACCAUUUCCUCACUACGACCAAUUAGGAGUUGUCUUCGGAAAAGAUGUUGCAUCUGGUCAAGGAGCAGAGGGGCCAACAGAUACAAUUCACGAAAUGCAGCGAGAUGGUGCUAUGAAUGCAGGGAGUGGGAUCGCUUUUAACGAUUACCUUGACAUGACUGGAGACUAUAUCCCCACACCUUGUGGUGAUACUACAAUGCCCGAUAUCCCACAAGAGGAGGUGAUGCCACCAUCUCCUGUAUCAACUGCAACUACAACGAGGGGUAAGAAACGUCAGAGAAGCGAAGACCCAUUACUUGUGGAAGUUGUUGAUGUCAUGAAAGAUCUUAGUCAUAACUACAAGAAGUCAAAUGAUAGUAUUGAUAAGUUGACAUCUUGCUUUCAACAUCAAGCCGAUGGUAGCCAUAGGCGUAUGUCAAUUGUUACUGAACUGGAGAAAUUUGAAGAAUUGACAAUGGGACAACAGGUUCAUCUUGCUGUGCAAUUGGGCAGGGAUAGCAAUCUCACAGAUGUGUUCAUGCAAUGCAGUCACGAAAAACGAGUUGUUUUGGUGGCUGGAUUGUUGGCUAAUUAUCAGUGA